CUGAACGCCUGACCUCGGUCGGGCCGCUGCCAGUAACCCUCAAGCGAAUCAUAGCGGGAUGGGCCGACUCCACGGCGUUCCGCUUCGGAUUCUUGGCAGUCCUCGACCCGGUCUCCAGCGAGCCGGGCCAGGAGGUGUCUGCGCUGCUGCUGCGCACCACGGAGGCCCAGUCGCACUUCUCUGUGCCGACUGGGUCUUUCGACACGGGCUUCGCCGUCGGCCCGGUGGCCGUCGCAGCCUGCGACGACCAGGGGGAAACGAUGGACGGCAUCGAGGUGGCGGUGGAGUUUCUGAGCGUCCUGACCGACAGCAUAUACAACUUCGGCGGGAUGGUCUCGGACGACGCCGUGCCGUUUCAGGACGAGGGCCCUGUGGCCCGACCCCACUGCCGCCAUCCUGGCCAUGCCAGAGGGCUUUGCCAAGGAAAUCGUCCUUCGGCUCACGCGGGCGGCGCAGGCGAGCUGGAGCCCAAUCCGGCCGCUGCAGUCGGUCCUGGCAUUGUCGGUUCGCCGCUGGGGCUUAGGAUGGGCCCAAACCUUUUCCUGAUCGCUCCUGGCCAGUCAGCGCCCCCGCCGGCGGCCGUUGGGCGCGGGGCUGGGCGCGGGCGCGGGGCUGGGCGCGGCGCCAGCGCUCGCCCCACCGCCGCGACGAACGCCAAGGAGAUCGCCGACGUUCGCGCCCAGAUGGGCGCAAUGCAGAGCCAGGCCGCCGAUGUGCAGCAGACGCUCGCGCGCAUCGAGUCCGUCUUGGUUGGCGCUGGGCGCGGCUCGCCGCUCCCAGGGCCGCCGCCGGCGCUGGGCUUGUUGCGCAGUGCGGCAGCCGCAAUUCCCGGGUUGGCGAAUCUGUUCGGCGGCGCAGCGCCCGCGCCAGAUCCGCCGCCAUUGCAGGCUGGCGCUGGCGCGCUGCUCGGGGGUCCCGUGCCCGUAGGGCCGGCGGGGCCAGGGCUGCUGGGCGCCGCCCCCGCCGCGGCCGUCGGAGCGCUGGCCCAGGCCGCGGCGAUCGCAGGGCCGCCGCCGGCGAGGGCGGCCCCAAUGGCCGGGGCACGCCAAAGGCUACCCGCGACCGAGCUGGCAGACGCCCUGAGGGCCAUCGCCACCCAGGGUCAGGCGACAGCAGCGCUGCUGGCGAAGUCGUCGGGGACCUCUGGGGAUCCGCUGUGCUCGCUGCUCGUCGGCGGGGAAGACGGGGUAGCCGCCCAACGGGCACGGCUGCCAGGCGCCAAGGGGGCGGCUGCCCUCGAGGCGCUCCGCCGGCACAUGGAGGCCAACCCGAAGGCUUUCACAGCCCUGAUCCGCGGCAACGCGCGGAGAGCCCUGGCGGCCACCGACGACGAGACCGACCCCUGGGGGAACUCGAUGAGGGAGUUUUUCACCCGACACGUGGCCUUCGGCCAGGCCCGCGGCGUCGCCUACCUGGGUUUCGGGAUGGCCACCGUGGCGGACUGCAUGAGAACGGGGCAGUGGGAGCGCACCGAGGCGCUCCUCCUGCUCCAGCUCGCGGCCACAGAGCAGGCGACGCUCGACAGGGGCAAGUGGAGCCUUGCGUGGCUGCUGACCCACCUGCCAGAGCCGCCGCGGGCCCAGUUGUCGCAGCAGCCUCCUCAGGCGACGGCCGAGGAGACUCCGCCGAAGGGCGGCCAGCUUGGGCUGGGGCAGAACCAGGAGGGCGGCAGCAGUGGCAAGAGGGGCAAGGACGAGCCCGCGUCCGCCGAGUGA